GUCAUUGGUUAUGAUUACCCUGUUUCUAUAUCUAAGCUGAUGACAAACUGGUAUUUAUGCAGGAGCUGGUGCUACGUGAUAAUCAAUUAAAAAAAAUUCCUGAUGCCAGCAUAUUUGAGAAACUAUUGGUUUUUGAUGUUUCUUUUAAUGAAAUUACUUCACUAAAUGGAUUGUGCCGGGCCACCAACAUAUUGAAAGAGCUCUAUGUAUCUAAGAAUGAAGUGAUGAAGAUGGAGGAGAUCGAUCACUUUCUUGAAUUGCAGAUUCUUGAGCUUGGCUCUAACAAAUUACGGGUAAUGGAGAAUUUGCAGAACUUGACAAGUCUUCAAGAGCUUUGGCUUGGACGUAAUCGAAUUAAAGCUGUAAACUUGUGCGGGCUCACAUGCAUCAAGAAAAUCAGCUUGCAAAGCAAUCGCCUGACCUCAAUGACAGGAUUUGAGGUAUUUAGUUCAAUAUUGUUUUCCCUCUAAGUUUUGUACAGGAUAUUUGAGGGAAAAUAUUA